UAGGUGCAUGCGCAGUACGCGCAUGUGUUCGCGAUUUUGCACGUGUUGAAUGUCAAGUUGAUUUUUAUAUUUAUUUAUAAAAUACUAAUUACCAGGUAAAUUAAAUGAAACAUUCAAAAUGACAAGUGAAAAUUUUAUAAAUAGUAUUCUAUCUAUAAUCGAAGAUAAUACUUCAGAUCCAACAUUAUUUUUAAAUGUUCAGGAGAAAACAGCAAAAUCGUUUAAGCGAGCAACAAAGCUUCUUUAUGAUUUUACAAAGAGAAAAACAGACAGUAAGAUACAAUCACUACCGGAAUUGAUAAUUGAUGGUUUUGACGAAGAGCAAAUAUGGCAACAAAUUGAAUUACAAAACGAGCAAGUAAUUCCCGAAUUAAUAGCUGAUAUAUCAAAACUUUUAUCAAAUAAACAAUUAACACAAUCGUUAGAGUUUAAGGAUGAUUUUUCUAAAAAAAAGCUUAGGGAAAAAAAUCCCGAAGGUGAAGAAGAAGAAGAUGAUAAUGAAGAAGAAGAGGAAGAAAUAAGUGACGAAGAAUUGGAUGAUAAUUUAAUGGAAGAAAAUUCUUGCAGUGAAUCCGAGAGUGUAAAUCGUAAAAUAAAUAAAACAAAAAAACGAAAACAAGAACCUUCUAUAGUAGAUGACAAAUUUUUUAAAAUGCAAGAAUUAAAUGAAUAUUUAAACAGAGAAGAUAGAAAAGAAUCAAAAGAAAUAAAUAAAUCCAAGGUAAAUUCAGAUGACGAGUCUGUUGAUUUAUUUAAUGAUUUCUCUGAUAACGAUGAUGAAAAUGAAGAAGAACAAAAUGCAAGACUUGUUAAAUAUGCCGACUUUUUUGAUAGUCCUGAAUCGAAUGAAGAAUCAGAAAAUAAACAUGAUAUAUCACAGCAAGAAGAAAAUUUUGAUAAUGAAAAAGAAUUUCAAUCUGAUGGUGAAUCGAUUGAUAAUCAAGAGCAAACAUCACCAGCAGCAAAACGUGUAAAAUUCAAUUUACCACUCGAUUCUGAAGAGUCAAAUGAAUCAAAUAAUGAUUCUGAACGUGAAGAAAAACAAUAUUUAAAAUCAUCACUUGAAGAACGACAAGAAAGAAUUAAUAAAAAAAUUAAAGUAUUAGAAAAUGAAGCAAUAUCUGAAAAACCAUGGCAAUUAAAAGGAGAAGUUAGUGCUUCGAAUCGACCACAAAAUUCUUUACUCGAAGAUUUUGUUGAAGUUGAUGUUGUUUCAAGACCACCGCCAGUAAUUACUGAACAAUGUACACUAGACUUGGAGGAUAUUAUUCGACAGAGAAUUAAAGACAAAGCCUGGGAUGAUGUUGAGAAAAAAAUGAAAGUCAUCGAUACACCAACUGAAUAUAAAAAAAAAUUAAUAAUGGAUCAAGAGAAGAGUAAAUUAAGUUUGGCACAAAUUUACGAACAGGAAUAUGUUAAACAAAAACAAGCUUUAGAUCCAGAACAAAAUACUGAGGAAUCAGAACCUAAGGAACAUAUUGAAAUAAAAGAAAUGAUGCAUUCCGUAAUGAAAAAAUUAGACGCGCUUUCCAAUUAUCAUUAUACUCCCAUACCAGCAAAACCAGAAUUGAAGAUUGUCAGUAAUAUUCCCGCUAUUAAUAUGGAAGAAGUAGCUCCAGUAGCGGCAAGUGAUGCAACAUUACUUGCACCUGAAGAAGUUCACGCUAAAAAACGUGGAGAUUAUCUUGGCAAAGGAGAAAGAACAAAAACAGAUAAGAAACGAGAACUUCGAAAAAGAAAGAAGAAACAACGUGAAAUUAAAGAAGCUAAAGAAAUAAAAGAAAAACUUAAAUCUGUAUCUGAAAUUCGUAAAAAACGAAAUAAAAAUUCUGCUAAGGCUGUGGAAAAAUUAACAAAGAGCCGUAAUAUUAUAAAAAUGGAUGAAAAAGAUCAUAAAACAACAAAAUCAUCGACUGCAUUCUUCAAUCAAUUACAAGAUGAAGUUCAAAGUUUGAUUAAAGUAAAAUCGAACAAAAAACCUGGUAAAAAGGACAAUACACGAGUCUCGGCUAUUAAGCUUAAAUUGUAAAUUUUGUACAUUUUUAAAAAAAAAUAAAAACUAUAUUGUAAA